CUGAAUACCCUCUUCAGUGAGACACAUGUACUGGUCUCCCCAAUACACGCGUGCAUUAUGGGCCAAAUGAAAUAGACAGCUAAUGAUAAACCCGGUGACAAUUUUGCUGACUUUUAACAUUAUGUUGAACACCAGCAGAUAGUUCUAACUUCAAUAUUUUUUUCGUGAGAACUUCAUUAGAUUCCUGAUACAUAUGGAAGGUUCAUUAUGACGAAACCUAUAGAGGUGGCCCAACCAUCGUGAAAUUUACGAACUUUGACAUCGAGCUGGUUUUAAAACUGAACGACAACAGAUGUUUGUUUUUAUAUUUGAUUGGUGCUGAUAUUGGUGCAAUUAUAUAUUUAGUGUGAUAUUAUAUUUACAAUUUUGUGGCAACAUACCAAAGUUACAAGCAAUACAGAGAUGAGUAAAGUAAUGACGAACUGCAAUAUAGAGCUGCGUGGAAUUCUCAAGGUGCCCAGCGAGGAGAACACCGAACACAAAAAGAUUCAGUUCCGGGACAUGGCAGCAAAGAAAAAACGUGUUACAAGAAGUCGUUCACUGUCCCUCUCAUCAACAGAUAGUUAUAGCUCAGGAUCUUAUACAGAAAGCUUCUCAGACGAUGAUGGGCUGACACCCAGAGAGAGAUUGCAGGAAAAUAGCAAAGGUUGUGGCGAGUUUUGUGUUAAGAAUAUUAAUCAGGCAGAAUUUGGAAGAAGAGAAAUAGAAAUUGCCGAACAAGAAAUGCCUGGUUUGAUGGCGCUGCGUAAGCGAGCAGAAUCGGAAAAACCAUUGAGUGGUGCAAAAAUCACAGGGUGUACUCAUAUUACAGCUCAAGCAGCAGUCUUGAUAGAAACCUUGGCUGCUCUCGGAGCCACCGUACGUUGGUGUGCGUGCAACAUUUACUCAACACAGAAUGAAGUGGCAGCUGCUUUAGCAGAAGCAGGUUUUGCCAUUUUUGCAUGGAAAGGAGAAUCUGAGGAAGACUUCUGGUGGUGUAUAGAACAAUGCAUCUGUUCUAAUGGCUUUGAGGCAAAUAUGAUUCUUGAUGACGGUGGUGACGCUACUCACCUCAUGUUCAAGAAAUUUCCAUCUAUUUUCAAACAAAUCAAGGGAAUUGUUGAAGAGAGUGUUACUGGUGUACACAGACUGUAUCAACUGUCGAAGACCGGUAAACUCACCAUUCCUGCAAUGAAUGUCAAUGAUUCAGUUACCAAGACAAAAUUUGAUACUCUUUACUCAUGUCGAGAGUCUAUCCUGGAUGCCCUGAAGCGUACCACAGAUGUCAUGUUUGCAGGCAAACAUGUGGUUGUGUGUGGUUAUGGAGAAGUUGGUAAAGGCUGCAGUGCUGCAUUAAAAGGACUUGGUGCCAUCGUGCAUGUCACAGAGAUAGAUCCUAUCUGUGCCCUGCAGGCAUGCAUGGAAGGUUUUCGUGUAGUGCGUCUUGAAGAGGUCAUUAAAUACAUGGAUGUCAUCAUCACAUGUACUGGUAAUAAGAAUGUUGUAACUCGUCAGCAUCUUGAUAGAGUGAAAAAUGGUUGUAUUGUUUGCAACAUGGGCCAUUCAAAUACAGAAAUUGAUGUGGCUAGUUUACGUACUCCAGAAUUGACGUGGGAAAGAGUUAGAUCCCAGGUUGAUCACAUUAUUUGGCCGGAUGGGAAACGAAUCAUGCUAUUAGCUGAGGGUCGGCUUGUUAAUCUCAGUUGUUCCAGCGUACCAUCCUUUGUAGUAUCUGUCACUUCCACAACACAGGCCCUUGCCCUUAUAGAACUUUUUAAUGCUCCUGGAGGAAGGUACAAACAAGAUGUCUACUUGUUACCAAAGAAAAUGGAUGAAUAUGUAGCAUCAUUACAUUUACCAGCAUUUGAUGCACAUCUCACAGAGUUGGCAGAUUCUCAAGCAAGAUAUUUAGGUCUAAACAAAGCAGGACCGUUUAAACCAAACUAUUACAGGUAUUGAAGUAAAAGUUACUGAUCUGAAGUACCUUCUAAAGAAAAAUACAAAAAUACAAAAAAAGUGGACCACAUGUUGUAAAAAAUUAAAAACUAAAAUGUCCUUUGUUCAUAAAAG